AACUUUUAAUUUAAAUACUCCUCGUUAUCUUGAGAUAGAUUUGUGAUCUGCAAUUGAGCGGCAAAUCAUUUUAGCUAUAGCGAAAAUGUUGUCUUCCAUAGAAUAGAUACCAGAGCAAUCGAUUGCAAGGAUCCUCAAUCGACGUAGAGAAACGGAGCGUGAUAUAUAAUCGUAUAGUACACAGCAAACUCACCUGGGAUAUCAUGGCUUUGAGGCGAGCCUUGCAUUUCGUUUUCAAAGUGGGUGACAGAAGCAAAACGGCCACCUUUUACCGAGAUGUGCUCGGCAUGAAGGUACGUUUUCAGCUCUGUCGUAGAACAUCCUCAAACAUGUGGCCAAUGGAUUUCACUUGCACAGAAUGUACCACUUUUUCAGUUAUUUGUUAUGAUUGUGUUUCAAUGUUGUUCAUAGUGCUGUAAACUCGCGUGAUAUUGGGGACUAGAUCACUGUUUUGCCAAAAUGUCAAAAUCAUUUAUUUAAUUUCAGAUUUUGCGUCACGAAGAGUUUGAAGAGGGAUGCAAGGCCACUUGUAAUGGGUAGGCAGGCUGUCAACUUUACUGUUCAACCAACACCUCUUGUGAAAAAUAAUUGUUAGAUUUACUUGUUGUGUAACAAUAGUCACUGUCUCUGUUUUGCUCUCUCUCAUAUGAUGCCCUACUUGCUUGUGUGUGUGUUCAGCCCUUAUGAUGGAAAAUGGAGCAAGACAAUGGUCGGCUUUGGUCCAGAGGAUGAUCACUUUGUGGCUGAGCUGACCUACAAUUAUGGAGUGGGAGAAUAUCGCCUUGGUAAUGACUUCCUGGUAAGUGAAUGGUUAUUCAUGAACACUCAAUAUUUAUAUAUUUUUUAACCUAAUCUUAACUCAUUGUAUGCCACCAUGUCUUUAUUUCAGGGUCUGACUCUGCAGUCUAGCCAGGCUGUCAGCAAUGCUAAGCGGCUUGGUUGGCCCCUCACUGAGGUUGGAGAGGCUCUCUAUCUGGCUGAGGCCCCAGGAGGUUACCACUUCUACCUGGUGGACAAAGAACAGCCUCCCAAUGGUGGGUCAACAGUGCUUUGCACAGAAGAUCAUUGCUGUAGUAGACUGUAAAGUAGAGUAGUAGACUAUAGCCUACCAUGUUUAUUUUAAAGUCCAGGAGGAAAUUAAUUAACCUGGGUACCAGUCUGUUUGUGCCAUCAUGCCACUCCUUGUCAUGCCAUGUUUGGCUUGCAUUGAGUAGGCAGGAGCACAAACGUAUCUGGAACCAGUCUAGAUAUGAAUACUCCUUACAUCCAGGUAACUGCCAAAAUAAAGGAAACACUAAUAUAAAGUGUCUUAAUAGGGUGUUGGGUCGCCACCAGAACCGCUUCAAUGCUCCUUGGCAUAUAUUCUACAAGUGUCUGGAACUCUAUUGAAGGGAUGCGACACCAUUCUUUCAUGAGAAAUUCCAUCAUUUGGUGUUUUGUUGAUGGUGGUGGAAAACGCUGUCUCAGGCGCCACUCCAGAAUCUCUCAUAAAUGUUCAAUUGGAUUGAGAUCUGGUGACUGAGACACACAUACCCUUUAAACCCCCUAUGCUGCUUUGAGACCCCUCUUUCAAAGUCAGAGAUCUCUCAUUCUAGUCAUGGUAGCCAAAAGAAUGGGCAACUGGGCAUUUUUAUACAUGACCCUAAGCAUGAUGGGAUGUUAAUUGCGUAAUUAACUCAGAAACCACACCUGUGUGGAAGCACCUGCUUUCAAUAUACUUUGUAUCCCUCAUUUACUCAAGUGUUUCUUUUAUUUUGGCAGUUGCCUGUAUAUUGUGAAUGUGUAUCUGUUUUUCACUUUGUUAAAGAUCCUGUACAGAAGGUGUGUCUGGCAGUGUCUGACCUACAGAAAUCAACACACUACUGGUCCUCCCUUCUGGGGAUGAAGGUGAUGGAGAGAAAUGAGGAGAAGAAGACUGUGCUGAUGGGAUUCACAGACACUCAGGUGUGUGUGUGAGAGAGAGAGACUUGGUUCUACACCACAGGAGGUUGGUGGCACCUUAAUUGGGUAGGACGGGCUCGUGGUAAUGGCUGGAGCGGAAUUAGUGGAAUGGUAUCAAAUGCAUCAAACAAAUGGUUUCCAUGUGGUUGAUGCCAUUCCGGCCAUUAUUAUGAGCCAUCCUCCCCUCAGCAGCCUCCUGUGUUCUACACUUAGAACACGACUGUGUGUUUGCAUGAAUUGAUAAGAUGGUGCUAAUGCUAGGUGUGUGUGUUUUUCUGUAUAUUUGCAGUGUAAACUAGAGCUUCAUAACAUUGGUGGGACAGUAGAUCAUGGGACAGCCUUCGGGAGGAUAGCAUUCUCUUGUCCACGUGAGCAGGUGAAGUAAUAGACCCUUUUCCAGUACACGACACACUGAUGUCACGCGCAGAUGCGCGCAACUCUUGGCGGCAGUAAGAAAGCCAUCGCCGUCUGCGCCCAUUCAACAUAGCCUAGAUUUUAAGUUUUUAUUACUUCUAAACUAAAUAACCUUUUUGGGUUCUCAUAUGCUUACAAUUAUGUUUUGAUUCUAGCUUGAACAGUCGCUAAGAUUAUAUUUGGUUGUGAUCUUUGCAAAAUAACUAUUUUGGAUGCAGCAGUUGUUAGCUAGAAUGCUAACAAUCAUUUACAUAGGCUGUAGGAAAAGCUAGCCAAAGAGCCAUUUUACUGGUUGAAGUUUAUUUUUUUAAAGUAUGAUACAGUUGAUUUGCGAUGACACAAACAUAUUAAACAGGACAUUCAUACGAGCCUUAAAAUCCAAUUAGAAUCCAAAAGCAGUGUGAAAUCACUCAUUAGCAACAUGUAAAUAGAGGCUUUUUUUUUGCUGGUGUUCUAUAAGAACUCCCCCUUGUUCUACCACCAACUUGCGCGCAUCGCCCUCGUGCGGCAGUGUUUGCAAACACAGAAAGGGGUCUAUACAAUGCUUUACAUUCUUAGUUGUUUUGCCCUACAGACUCUUUACAUACAUGAACACAGAAAGCAAUAUUAACCAUUUUUGUUUAAUUAUUUUUAGUUGCCAGAUCUUGAAGCCCUGAUGACAAAAGAAAACCAUAAAAUCCUUACUCCCUUGGUUAGCCUGGACACCCCUGGGAAGGCUACAGUAGAAGUGGUCAUUUUGGCUGAUCCAGUGAGUGCAUUACCAAAUGAUUAACAUGGGUAAAAUUGAUUAAUAAUAAAUUCUCCACAUAAUAACUGAGGUCAUCUGUGGUCUAGGAUGCCCAUGAGAUCUGCUUUGUGGGAGAUGAGGCAUUCAGACAACUCUCCCAGAUGGACCCCAGUGGAAAUGCAUUGCUGGAUAAGGUUGGUAUUUAGAAAUAUUAUGCAAAUAAACCAAUACUUUGCAUUAGCACAGAGUACAUAGUCUUAAUCUAUUACCCUAAUUUAUUUUCAGGCCAUGGCUGAAGAUAAAAGCGAUGAGUGGUUUGCCAAGCACAACAAGCAGAAGGCUUCAGCAUAAGUGCUUAGAACAUAGCUGAGCUGUCAUGGAUCUACAGGACAUUUCCAACCACUGGACCUGGAUGUGUUUGUGAACACUCCAAUAGAGGUGUAGAGCAUGGGCUCUCUAAUUGGCUGUACUUUUUGCCCCGUAUAUGGCAUUACCCUUCUAGCUGCACUAUGUCAGUAGAUUUUACUCAACCAGAAGCAUAAUUUAGAGAUGCUUAGGAGACUGAAAGUGUACCUGUACUUCAGUCAUACUGUGGCAGAAGCUUGAUGAACAUGGACCACUUUUAUAUGAAUCUUGUUCGUGUAUGCAAUGAAAACAAUCGUGCCUGUUCAGCUCAAUGAAAUAAAUAAAACACUGUAAUAAUUCGGACUUCAUGAGAAUAGUGAAGUGCAAGUGUAUGGUAGAAAAGUAAUUUCCAUUUGAAAUCCUCACACUGCACAAAUUGUAGGUCAAGGUUUGUGAAAUGUGCAGACACUGCAGGUUGAAAAACCAAUGAAACAAGAGGGCAUAUGCAUAUCAUGUGAUGUUGAAGCUGUGUCAUGCUCAUUGAACUGUAUCAAAUGGGGAAAUGAAAGUGAACUAUAUCAAAAGGGGAUGACAUGAACCUUUUCAAGAUGGGAGAAUUGCCUAACCUUUGCAAACAACUCCUACUAUAAUUUUCUAGUGAUUCCCUUUUGGCAUAAAGAGAUGAAUGACACUGAAUAAGAAGUGACUGGUCCCUUAUUGAACUAGCUGUUGAGUGGUUAUGCAUAAUAAAGAGGGAGAAGCAUAUGAAAUAAUUGUUGAAUAAACUUGUGUGCAC